CCCUCCAUUUUUUUAGGAUUGGAAGUCAUUGUGAAUCAUGUGACUUUGAGUCAUCAUGAUCCUGGUGGAGCUCCAUCCCAUUAUGAUCUUCUGGUCAGUUUGGGUAUUGGGUAUGAUGCUACAUUUUCUAUUGAAGAUCUCGAGGCUAAACUUGGUUAUGGUCCUGGAACAAUGAAUUUCAUCUUGGGGAAGGUAAGGUUAAAUUAUUGA